UAGACCAAUCAAAUAAAUAUCAACAUCUACAAUGACUUAUAAUGUUAACCAUUUUCAAUGACUAUUCUAGUUCAUACUUGGUGGUAUCACUGGAGCUAAUCAGAAAUGCCUUUCAGUUGGGCAUCGAUUAUUUUAACCUUAUUUUGCUUAAUUUGUAAAUGUUUGUCAAAUGUAAACUAUCCAAGUUGCAGUGUAUCCCAAUAUUUAAUGCACAAUGAAUCAGAUAUGGAAUUGCUUACAAGUGAUAAUGAAUGUCAUGUUGUUUUAGUUGAAAGUAUACCUGAGAAUGUCACAUUUUCAAUGGGUUCCCCAAAACACCUAUCAACCUAUAUGGCAUGGAAACUUUUAAUUGAUUCUGCCGAGAAAAAUAUUUCAAUUGCAUCAUUUUACUGGAGUUUAUCCGUAGAUAAAAAGUUCAAUUUCACUGCUACUGAACAGGGGUCAAAUAUACUAAAAAUGUUAGUUGAUCGAGGAAAAGAAGUUGACCUAAAAAUAGCUCAAAAUGGAAAGGAAACAAAUUCCACAGAUUUGAUGAACUUGACCGAAUCUGGCGCUCAAAUUAGAUGGCUUGAUUUUCAUCGACUUGUUGGACAAGGGGUUUUACAUACAAAGUUAUGGUCAGUUGAUGCCAAAAAUGGUUAUGUGGGUAGCGCAAAUAUGGACUGGAGAUCACUAACACAAGUUAAAGAGUUAGGCGUUCUUAUAUAUAACUGUCCAGAAAUAAUGAACGACUUGGAAAAAGUAUGGAAAGUUUAUUGGUCACUUGGCAAUCCAAAUGGUUCUGUUCCUCAAAAAUGGCCUGAAGAAUUGGAAACAAACUAUAACAGAAGUAACCCACUUAUUACGAACAUUAAUGGUAUCUUAUCACGUGUAUACUUUCCAAGUUCUCCUUCUUCGUUCAACCCACCUGGACGAAAUGAUGACUUAGAUGCUCUACUCUCCGUUAUAAAUGCUGCGGAAAAAUUUAUUUAUAUAUCUGUUAUGAAUUUCCUGCCUGAAGUCAUAAAUUAUGAUAAAAAUAUACAUUCACAAUUUUGGCCAGUUAUUGAUAAUGCGUUGCGUAAGGCUGCAAUUGACCGUUCUGUUGAAGUACGCUUACUAAUCAGCAAAUGGAAACAUACUUCGUCGGUUACUGAGAACUUUUUGAAUUCCAUACGAGCAAUCAGUGGAGUUCGAUCGGCUCAAGUUCGUGUUCGUUACUUUGUUGUACCUUCGUAUACUGACACACAAAAAAGAAUGCCAUAUGCUCGUGUGAAUCAUAAUAAAUAUAUGGUAACCGAUAAAACAGCUUACAUAGGUACUUCUAAUUGGUCCGGUGAUUACUUCCUUUAUACGGGUGGUGUCGCUUUCGUUUAUGAAGAAGGAAAUCAUACUUCAAAUGACUUAAAUCAAGAAAAUACGGAUCAUAGUGAAUUUUGUUUACCGAAACCUGUAUCUAUCAGAAAACAAUUGGAAAACGUUUUCUUUCGAGAUUGGAAUUCAGAGUUUACCAAUGAACUUUAAAUAAUUUUCUUAUAGAAUUUACUCUUAUCAAUGGAAUAAAUUCUUAUUAUUUAUAAACACUAAACUGAUAAAUGUAAGAUUAAUGUUGUGUUUUUUUUAAGAUAAAAUAAUCGUUCAAAACUUUUUCGUCUUAUUCCUAUUUAAAUGCACAUGAUCCUUGUUUUUUGAUCUCAUCUUGUGAUUCCGAAUAGAACUGCUGAUAUGAUUGAGGAUUUAUAAAUAGCUUAAGAAUGCAUUCAUCUAAUUUAUAGUUUAUUUUAAACAAACCAUAAACAUCGUCAUCAUAUGAUAUUUCUUAUCAUGUCCAGAUAUAUUCGUUCGUAGUUGAAUCCUAACAAUUAUUUUUAAUUUAAAUAAAGUAGACUUACUGGUCUAGCUUCAUAAUGUCUAUUUCACUGUAGAUAUUCUUUGUAUUUAAAUUCAAGUUAUCGAAACUGGCAAAUGGACUCGUUCUGUUCUUUCGACGUUUGACUAGUUAAACGUGGCACGGUGCUAAGUUUAGUAUGACUUGAGUACUAUGUGUUUGGAUAAGAUUCCCAUCAAAAUUUAUAUGACUGAGUGGCUUAAUAAUUUGAUUUUAUACAUUUCAACCUUUAUGUAAUUUGAUCUAUAGACUAACACUCACAUAAACAGUACGGUUUAAUUACAUUUAUAAACUUAAUUGAGGCUGAUCAACUAAAACUUCAUUUACAGUUUAGUUGACUGGUGAUAUAUUGCAUCGUAAGCCACAUAAUAACUGUUAUAACUUAUGACCUGUGUGCCCUGUUUAUUGUAUAACGUAAUGAUAUCGCGAAGCAGAGAGCAGUGAAUUAUCGACCGGGCCAGUGACGCAUGAAACCCGUGCGAGCACUCUAGUGUCUUGAUUGGUCCUGCAUCCUCCUAGCUCAGUCAGUUAACUCCAGAACACCAACCUCAGCCUCUGCGAUAUGAAUCAUUUAUUUCAAGCAUACUGGGUUUAUAUACCAACCAGACAAACCACAGCGUACCAUAAAAUAUGAAACAACAUUUGUACAAGAAUUAGCCAAAUGUGGCUGUGAAUGAGGGAGGUAGUAAUUAAUAGACAGGCCAUAACUCAAGAAUGGUAAAUCGUAUAAUAAUAGUUCAUAGGUCAAAAUAAAGCUCAUGAUAAGAUGGACAUGAAUAUGAACAGUUUAGUUACUUAAGAAUUAUACUAUAAAAAUAUGCGCAUAGUAUUUGUCCAUAAAUGGAUCCCAAAAGUUACCAUUCAUUAUUCGUAUCGGGACAUAACAAUAACACAAGUUAUAAAAGAACACGUCGGUUGAUUUGAAGAAACUUGAGAAUAAGUCUGUGAUAGCGUUACAUGCAUUAGAAACAGGACAAAAGAUUAAUUUUGAAGUGACCAAAAUACUUCAGAAAGGUUUUAACACCCAUAAAGAAAAAUUGACAGCAGAAGCGCUGUAUAUAUGGGCGAACAAGAACAGCCUGAACCGAAAAGAUGGCAUUCAACUGUCGACUACCUGGCAAAUUUCGUUAUGACAAGUAAUUUGAAACCUAUCUUUAUUCAACCUGUUUAUUCCACAUGUAUCGUUAUUUUUGACUGAUUUCAAUAAGUUUUUAGCUAUACAAUUAGGUAUUUAUCAACCUUGAACUUGCACUUUUAUUUAUUUUUUCCUUCAUAUAUAACAUAAUCAACACAGAACAUCAAUAAUUAAUCUCACACAUACAUACCUACACACUCACACACAAACAAUUUGUUAUUCAGUUAAUUAUUUCCAUGUAGUUGAAUUUCCCACAUGAAUUGUAGUUAACUGACUCAUUUUAUCCUAUUUUACAAAAAUCAACAUCCAAAUUUGAUUGGUGUAACACAGUAUAGUUAUUAUUGUUAAAGAGCUACAUAUUUAUUUAAUGAUUUUGAUUAUUA